CUCUCUCUCUCCCUCUCCCCGCCUGCCUGUUUUUCCUCUCUCCUUCCACCUCCCUCGCUGCUUUGCCUCUGCAUCUCCCUCCGCCUGCAGAUGUGGACGAGCCUGAGGUUUAGACAUUAGGACAGUGACAUAGCCCGAGAUAAGACAACUCGGUUUAGAGAAGAGGACAAACAGGAAGAAGAGGAGCAGAGGUGCUGCUGCUAGACAUUGGGAUUAUCCUGUGUUUCUGUUGGGGCUAUAGCUUGGCUCAGUGGAAGACAAAACUCUAAGGGAUCAGACUCAUGGAGUCUUUCUGUGGAGAUACAGGAGAAAGCACUGAGGACAUCCCAGGACGUAAAAAGUCCAAGUUCAAGUCUCUGAAAAAUCGUCUCAUUGGAAGGCGUAAGAGGGCAGAGGCAGAGGGAAAUGCCAAACUCAGCCAGUCUGCCAGUGACAUUACGGCAGAAAAGGGACUUGGAUCAGAGGAAGACUUGGCAUGUUCACAGGCGAUGAUGGGAUCACGGGCGUUGUCUCAUGACAGCAUCUUUCUGGCUGAUCAGGUCCUGACAAAUGAUGAACCAGCCAGAGUCUUAUCCCAGGAGAAUGUUCACAGCAAGAUCAAAGCUCUGCAGAUGAAGCUUCAACUACAGAAGAUGCAUUUGGGGCCACCGCCUUUGGUUCUGCCAGUCAGACGACCGGAGGAUCUGGAAAGCCGCUCUGAGGAUGAUGGUCUUCCCCACAGCCCCCCAGAGAUCUCAGGAGGUGACAUCACAACACAGGGAGCCCUCAGAAAGACCAUAUCCCAGUCCUUCUCUCAUCCACUCUCACCCAUUCCCAAACCUGCACCUGCCAAAUCUGCGGUCCAAACUCCACCCAAUCCUUUGCCUCUUUCAGUCCCCUCCAAUUCUUCUGUUGUUGAGGGCCCAUUGGACUUCAGCUCUCCAGCCCAAUUCACCCCCUGCCUGGAUACCUCUGCUGCACGCCACCGGAUGUUGGUCAAGCCCAGAAACCAGAGGGCCAGCACAAAGAGGAGACUCACUGCAACUGACUCAAGGUCUAACCUACACACCACAAACAAUGUCGACCACCCUGAGUCUGUGAAAGAAGUGUGUAGUACUCAAGAGGAGGCGACCUUGGAGACAGAGGAAGGAGGGGCCGCCAUUCCUAUUAUAUCUCAGUGUGUUCCUUCAAAAGUCCCCGAGGUGGUGCCAAUUACACCAGAGGCAAUAUCCACAUCAUCCAGCCUAACUUCUUCCCAACAGGACCAAGCAAUCCCUGAGAGCAUACCCCCUGUACCCCCUCAGGUACUUAGAGUUAAGCCUCACAGACCAGCAGAUGUAAUGUCCAGUGAACGGCCACACUCAUCCUAUAUACCGUCAGAACUGAAGGACAAAAGAGAGGGGGGAUUUGAGACACCAGUGAUGUCCUACAACAGGAGAAAUACUCUUAAGGCUGGAAUGACUGAAGUCUCCUCCAACCAGCUCUCCACUGCCUUCGGCUCAGCGGCGGCAUUCAAGUCUUCCUCUGUUCACCAGCAGGUUGAAGAUGAGACAGAAAGCACAAGAGGAAUAAAGAGAUCUACCCCUGGAUCUGGGACCUUCCAUUUCUCCAUCACCGCUGCCAAAAACCGAGACGGAGAAAGACCCCGGUCGGGCAGUUUUGCUGGUGUGCUAGAACAGAUUGAAGCCAAGCAGCGGAUGGAAGACAAACCCUUUUCAAGCAUGAAGGAAAAGGCAGAACUUAGAGACUUACAGCCAAGAGGCCGACCCUUUACAAUGGGAAUGCAAGAGGGAACUCCACAGAGAAGCUCAGUUCCCCCGGACAGGAGGGACAGCCUCAAAAAAGUAGAAUUAGUAACACCAUCUAAAAAUGUAACCACAGAUACGGGCGUUGCUGAGAUGGAAGAGGUGGAGAGCAGCCAGGAGGUGGUGGAAGAGGCAGUGGAAGCAAAGGAGGUUGAGGAGGAUGAAGGAAAGACGACAUUUGGUAUUAAACUGCGUUCCACAUCUCAGUCGAUUAGAGUUCGGUCUGAUGCCUCCUCUAACCAACAGUCAAAGUCAGUGUGUGAGGAGCAAUGUGAUAAACAAAAAAGACAUGACAUAAGCGAUAAUGGCAGCUACAUGAGUAAAAAACUGUCAACAAACACCUCUUGUACUUCAACCACAUCUGGAGAACUCCGAUUACCAGAUCCUGCCAAACCUGGCUUCUCUCUUCCAGUCAAGCAUAACUUGCCAUCGACCUGUGAUCCUCAUAUCAUGGCAACAGAGCUCCAAACAAAAAGAAGCCCAAAAGACGCUGAAACAGCAAACCCAGCACCUCAGGAGCCCCAGCCUGCCCCCCAAACAACUCCAUCAGAGGUGUCCUGGAUGAGCUUGGCAAUGGAAAAGACGAGAAGCAUCCAGCAGCUUUUUACCAGUAGAUUUCCCAGAGAUUUCACUGGUGUGCAAGCAGUGGCUCGACCACAAGCACAGGUGCCGACACAGAACCAAACAGAGAUACCGGCUGGGGCACAAAUGCAGACACAGACUGUAAAAAUACAACAAAGUACAACAACACUAGAGGCUGCAAAUCAUCUAUCAACUGAUGCAGUCAAAACAGAAACAGUGCAGAGUAGAAGUCAAGCACAGACUGUCAAAGCAUCACUCAUUUCAGUGCAACAGAAGACAUCAAUGACAUCUCCUGCUCAGUCAAACACCUCUAGAGAACCACAAACAUCAAAGCAAACCAAUGAACCCCAGUCACACCCAAAUAUAACUGCCUCACAGUCUGAGUCUGGACAGUCCCAGAUACAGACAACACAGUCUCCCGUGCACUCUUCUGCACAAACAGAGACCCCAUCACAGUUUGCACAAGAGAGUGUCACACAGUCUCUUGCACAGUCUUACCUUUCCUCGGGCCAGAAGCCACGCCCCUGGAGCAGUCGAGGUCCUCACCCUGCCAGCCAGCUCAAAUCCACAACUUCAGCUACAGCUUCAGUUUCUACAACCUCAUCAGCUUCAGUUUCUACAACCUCAUCAGCUUCAGUUUCUACAAUCUCAUCAGCUUCAGUUUCUACAAUCUCAUCAGCUACAGCUCCUCCUCCAGUUCUUGCCAUGGGAAGAGAGGAAGGAGAAACCACCAUAGAGGAAAAAGAGAGUACAUCUCUGCCGGGAAGGCGAGCAUUUUGGGCUGGGUCAGUAAGCGAGAAGGCUGCCUUUCUGGAAAAACGGGCAGAGUGGACCACUCCACCUGGAACCAAGGGGGUGGGAGUGAAGAAAGCUCAAACAGAGGUGCAAACAUCAGGUGAAACUCCUGCCUCAGCCACCUCUAUCACACCUCUAAGCAAAGACACAAAACCAGAGGGAAGACAAGGAGCAAAACCUGCAGAGUCCACUCCGAUAAAAGUUCCAGAGAGGCCUUGUGAGGACAAAUGGUUGCGGAAAAAUGUGCCAUCAUCUUCAUCGCCAUCAUCAUCAUCACCCACAAUUCCAUCAGCUUUGGAGCCCAUGUCUGACAGCGGUCAGCCGUCCUGGAUGGAACUGGCAAAAAGAAAAUCAAUGGCCUGGAGUGAUAAGUCCAUGGACUGAAAGAGGAACCAGACAGACAACCAGGCAAUCCAAACAGUGUAUACAACAGCACUGCGGGCAGACUGUUAUACUGAAUUUUUAGCGAGCCUGUCAGCAAGGUGUUGACUCUGUCGAGGCUCAUGUGUGUGUGUGUGUGUAUGGAAUUUUAUUUAAAUUAAAAGUGUUAAUGUUAUAAUGAGAGACAGAAAGAGAGCAAGUAUCUUGAAAAGUUCAUUAUGAUCCCUCUCCACCACAUGUUUUAUGUGAUUCAGCAUGUCAAUGCUGUUGAUAGUUCAUGCUAAACAAUAAAGUUUCUGAUCUUAUGUUUUUUCCUCA